CUCACUGCUUCCAUGGAUCUGCUCUGACUAGUGAGUACUGUGGAAGAAGAAGAUGACAUGCAGAUUGAUGAGAAGUGUGUUGAAACAGAUGAGGAAACUUUUGAGUCUGAGGAGCUUAAAGAAGAAGAAGAAGAAUUCACUGGAUCUGGCCAGCGGGUCUUUGUUGCUGGCUUCCGUAGAAGUAUGCGCCUGUGCCGCAGGAAAGCACGAAACAGUCACUUACCAUGUUAUGCCCGGUGUCCAAGCGGCUGCUACAGUGCUGUAGCAGCACCUUAUGAAGAGGUGGUGAGAUACCAAAGACACCCAGGGGAUCGGAACAGACUAAUUGUGCUUGUGGGUCCUUCAGGUGUUGGAGUGAAUGAACUACGGCGGCGGCUUAUUGGUGUAAAUCCCUAUCAGUUUCAAAGUGCAGUGCCACAUACAACUCGUUCUCAGAAGAGCUAUGAAGAGAACGGUAGAGAAUACCACUAUGUAUCAAGGGAAACGUUUGAAAACAUGGUGUAUAGUCACAGAAUGUUGGAAUACGGAGAGUACAAAGGAAAUCUUUAUGGCACAAGCACUGAUGCUGUACGUACAGUGCAUGACGAAGGGAAGAUCUGUAUCAUAGAUUUAGAGCCUCAGAAUAUCCCACUGGCUCGCACUCAUGAACUGAAACCCUACAUUAUAUUUAUUAAGCCAUCGAGUGUGAGUUGCAUGAAGCAAUCUCGGAAAAACGCCAGGUUUAUCACAGACUAUUAUGUGAACAUGAAGUUUAAGGAAGAAGAUCUGCAGGAAAUGGAGGAGUCAGCUAAGAAAAUGGAGGUUCAGUUUGGACAGUUCUUUGACCAUGUGAUUGUGAACGAUAACUUAGAGGAGGCCUGCGUGCAGCUGAUGUCUGCUGUCCGUCGAGCACAAGAUGAACCUCAGUGGGUUCCUGCGACGUGGAUAUGUUCAGACAAUCAGUCAUAAUUCUCAGGGCUAAGCAGCCUCACAAAGAUCAUAGUUCCUGCUUCCCUGUGACAAUAAUCCCAAUGCUAGGCUUCAAAGAAAAAGUGUUUAUGCGCAGGGAAUUUGGAGAGGAUUAGACAAACCACGGUUACAAGAUGUAAUCCUAUUGUCUUCUGUGGCAUUCCCCAAGCAUUGUAUGUUCAGUUGACAUUACUUUUGUACAAAAAAGAUGGUUGCACUGUAGUUUCUCAGACUAUUGUUUUAAUUGUUAAGGAAAAUAAAAGGGAUUUAUUUUGCUGAA